GUAAAAAGAAAAGGAAAUUACCAUCUUAAUGUACCCCCACCUCCUCCAGCUCCACACCCACACCAAAUAACAAUUGUAGAUACAUCCCAGCCUUAUCAAUUUGAGAAUGUGCAACAACACAAUGAAGAACAACCUUCUCAACAAGUAACAUAUUUUGAAAAAGAUUUCCCCAUUGUUCACAGCAGUGGUGGAGGAAGUAGCUUUUAUAUUGAUAACGGUCUACGUAAUAUUGCCAAGGGUUCUGCAGAUCAAGCAAACUCAGCAGUCGCAAGUCAAAAUGCAGCUGGCAAGCAAGCAGCGUAUGUGGCAAAAAGCACUUUGGCACAAGCCGCAGCACAAGCAGCUAGUACUGCCGUAGCCGUGCUUAAAGGCAAAGAAGUGCUGCUCCAUAGACUUGAAGAACAAAACAGUGAAACACAUAAAAUAAUGGAAAGUGAAUUAACUCAAUUGCAGCAAGCGAAGAGAGCCGCGAAAAGUGCGCAAUACGCAGCACAGCAGGCUAUUAAUCACGUUUCAGUACUAACUGCUGCACUUAAUAAUGCACAGGCUGCUUCUGAACUUGCUCAGAAAGCUGCUUCCGAAGCAGCUGCAGAAUUGGCUUCACAAAUUGACAUGGUGGCACAAGCAAAGACUAAAUUGGAGCAAGUUGAAUCACACUUAUAUUCGGCUCGUCUAGACUAUGAAGAAACAAAAGAGGCAGCAGCUAAAGCUACACAAUCUGCACAAGAGGCUCAAAUUAACGCCAAUGAUGCAGCGGUUCACGCGAAUGUUGAGCUCAGUGAAUCGGUGCACAUUCAAGAAAAUCACAAUGAACAAAUCACGCCGAUAAAUCAUAAUUUUUGAGUAAAUACUCUUUGCAAUUCCAUUUAAAUUUAUUGUUUGCAAACUAAAUUUAUUCACGAUUGUAAUUUAUUGCUUUAGUUAUUGCUACUUAGUAUUAUUUCAAAAUAUUUUUAACUAAUCAA